GGUUCUACUGCAUAAUUUCACACAAUUGGCGGCGCGGUGUGUGCAUUUAAUUCGUUUUUAUUUGUUUAAUUUUUAAACUUUUAACACACAUUUAACCGGUGUGGAAAGUGAAGUGUUGAAGCGGGUUAAACCCAGAUACAGCGGGUAAGAGGGACAACACAAAAAUUGAUUUAAGGGUAAAUCAAAACAAAAGUGAGUGUGGAAAUAGGGUUAGAUUUAUUUAACUCAGCACACAGACAUCGAUUACAUUCCGGCAUGCGAAUGAAGAUUUGUUAUUUGUGUUAUUCGUCCGGCAUUAUAGAGGUUAUAGUUCUGACUUUGCUAUCCUUGCAAACCUCCUUUGCACAACACGAAGAUAUUCCAUAUCAAAAUGUAGAAAAUAUUUGUAAUACAUGUACCUGUAUGAAUGCACAGGAUGCAUACAAGAAAUACCACCACAUGUUGGAUUGUUCAACCAAAAAUUUCAAUCAUAUCCUUGCAAGGUGGCCAAGUGAAUUCGGUUCAAAUCAUCAAGGUGUGGAAAUAGUUGCAACAUUCUCUGGCAAUAAAAUUGAACUUUUACAACAAUUGCCUGCAACUAAUGCAACUUUGUUGUUUAGUUGUAGGCAUUGUCACAUUAAAGAUAUACAAGCUCCAACAUUUAUGGAUGUUCCUAAUAUUGUUCGAUUGGAUUUGAGUUGGAAUGAAAUUACUUCGGAUGCAUUGUCAGCUGAUGUUUUUCGAGGACCUUAUAAAAAUACUGGCUAUGAACCGAUUAAAUUGCGUGAUCUUGAUUUGAGUCAUAAUAAAAUAAGUUCAUUGCAAAAGUUGUUAUUUGAGCAUACACCAGAUAUUGCUUAUUUGAAUUUGGGCUAUAAUAGCUUGAAAAUGAUGGACACAACUACUUUAAUGGCUAUAUCUUCUGCAAGUUCGCUUAAAGAUCUUGAUCUUUCCCAUAACGAUUUAGAAUCCUUGCCAUCAACAUUGUUUAAAAAUCUCAUAGCUUUAAAGGCUCUUAAACUUCAAGGCAACAAACUUAAAGCCAUUCCAACUGAUUUAAAUUUAAUUGGCAGAACUUUAGAGUACUUAAAUUUUGCCAACAAUCCUAUUAAAACAUUAAAUGAAGUCAAUUUCAAUGGAUUCAAAACAUUACAAUACUUAAAUAUUAGUUCUAUGAAUGAACUUACCACAGUUGCCAAGGAUACAUUUAGCCAUUUGGAGUCACUGGAAUAUUUAUAUUGUAGUCGAAAUCCACAUCUAACUUCGUUUGAUAUCGAUGGACUGUUACAUUGCAGGAAUCUAGCUAUUUUAGAUAUUUCAUAUUGCAAAUUGGAAACCGUCAACACCGAUGUAGAUCUGUCCAAUGAAUUGCCCAAAAAUUUUACUGCCCAAUGGCCAAAGUUACAAGCAAUACAAGUCGUCGGCAAUCCUUGGACAUGUGAUUGUAAAUUAAUGAAAAUUCUUGAAUAUUGUGGCAAGGAUGUAUUUAAAAUGGACAUUCAAGCACGAUGCCAUUGGCCUUUUGGAUUAUCUGGUAUUCGAAUUUCCAAUUUAACAUCAGAAUUUGUUUGUAAUCUACCAAAAGAGUACAUUGUACCAGAAGAAGUUGAUCCACCGAAAUUCUUGCGUCGGCGUUACAUUGCCUUGACUAUUGUGACAAUAGCAUUGGUGUUGUUUUUCGGUGUUUUAGCUGGUUUUGGGAUAGUUUACAUACAUCGUAGACUGAAACGUGAUGAUUUUGGUAUAGCACCAAUCCGGUAUACCAGUGUUAGAGUAAGCAAUCAAUCUGCAGCGUCGGCAAUUUUAAAAUAGAAAUUUUUUUGUAAAUGAUGAUGAGAUAAUGCCAAAGAAAGAAAUUUUAUUUUAAGAAUAUACAUAAUUAAAAAUAAUUAUGACUCAAUUUAUUUGAAUUUUUUUUUAUAUAAAUAAUUUAUUGAAAACAUUGUUAACAAAAGCUGUACUUAAUGACUAAGUUUUUUUUUCUAUAAAUAA